AUGCAGAGCACCAUGCAGAGCGCCAUGGAGAGCGCCAUGCAGAGCGCCCUGCAGAGCGCCAUGCAGAGCGCCAUACAGAGCACCAUGCAGAGCGCCCUGCAGAGCGCCAUGCAGAGCAUCAUGCAGAGCGCCAUGCAGAGCGCCAUGCAGAGCGCCAUGCAGAGCGCCAUGCAGAGCGCCGGUCAGGCGGGGAGCUGCUGGCCCUGGUACUGCAGGUCAGAAGAGGAGAGGAAUGCCAUGCAAAAGGCUUUCCAGAAGAAAAAAGAAGAGGAGAUUAAAGCGUCAGAGGAAAGGAAGACUCGGAUGUCCAAGAUCGAUCAUAGGAAGAACCCAGUCCUGACUCGGCUGGAGCUCAAGAAGCAAGAACGAGACAAGCGUGUGGUGGAGAGGGCCGCUGCGUUAAAGAUGGAGGAAGAGGACGAGAUCAAGCAGCUGAACCAGCUGAUUGGAGAAGCUCACUGUCAAGCUGCUCGUGAUGUCCAGUUACAGGAACACAGACGCCUCCAGAAGGAGCAGGCUGAGGGAGAGCGCCGUGUCCACGAAAUGCUGAAGGUGGAACGCCAAAAGGCUCUGGAUGCUGCGGACAAGAUGGAUGAGAAGCGCAAGCAGCAGAGGAUCAGGGGAAGGAAUGAAAUUCAGGAGCAGAUCCAGCAGAACCUGGUGAAGAAGCAAGCGGAGAAAGAAGUGAAAAAGGAAGAGGGAAAGCAGCUCAGAGAACAACAGGAGCAAAUGGACCUGGAAGACCUGAGGGCCCUGGAGAAGAAGAGAGAGGAGACAAAGCUUCUGCAGGACGAGAUCAAGCGCAUCAACGCUGAGUCCAUAGAUGCCAAAAAGCAGAGGAAGCAGCAGGAGAAGCUGGCCGAUCGGACAGAGGCGGAAUACAACAAGAAGAAAAUGCAGCAGGAGGCCGAACACGAAGCUGAGCAGAGAAGAAUCAAGAAGGAGAGAGAGGCAGAAAUCAAGCGACUCGGGGCUCAGCAGAAGAGAGCAGCAGAUCAGAAAGCAAAGCAGGAAGAGCUCCACACUCGGAGGAUCAAGGAAGCGAAGGACAGAGAGUGGAGAAGAGCUGAAGUCCAGCGGGCCGUCAAGAAGGUUGAAGACAGAGCCGUGAUGGAAAAGUCCCGCCUGAAACAGAUUCAGGACAAAGGGCUCAGCAUGUCCAAAGAGGUCGGGCGGCAAAAGGCCCAGUUUGACAGGGAUCUGAGGGUUCUGAGACAAAGGGUAGCGAAGGACCAGGAGCAGCAGGAGAGGAAGCAGCAGGACGCUCGUCGCCACCUGCAGGCCGUCCAGCAGCAGAUGCAGGAGGAGAAGCUGUCGGCUGCAGAGAAACGAAGAGAGCUCCUCAAGGAGACCGACCGGCAGCAGGAGAAGGCCCAGCUGAAGCAGAAGCAAAUCCAGGACCUCAAAGAGAAGAAGCUGAAGGACCUCAGAGCAACACGAGUCCCUGAGAAGCACUGCCAACUGGUGGAGAGGAGGACCAAGAACCGCGGGUGUGAGGACCUGCUGGACCUCCUGCAGCCUCGUCAGCUCCGUCCUGAUUGGUCUGGGCGCCGGGAGACCGUCAGCAGGGCGCCGGAGGCCCGGCCGGUCUCGCUUCCACCACGGCCUGCCGACGGCGCUCCGGCUGAGAGGGCGGGGAACCGGUCCCGUUCGGACCGCAGAGUUUGGAUCCACUUUGAAGCCGGUCUCCGGUCCCUGCUGUAA